CAGAAGCUCUUGUUACCACUCAUCCGUGUCUUAAAGAGCCUGGAAGUACGAAUGGAAGUUAUGGUUGGAAGACCAGUUUAAAAUUCAAGAUGGGAAAUUAUCGCACCAAGCUAGCCAGAUCUGGAUGUGUGGAGGUGUCUGUCAACGCUGGCAGGAGGAGUGUUAACAACCCUGAAAGAGAGCAUCCCCACUCAAACAUAAAAAGAGCCAGAAGAGCUGAGGUGAACUACCUCCCAAACUUUCCAAGAGGAGAAGAUCAGGUCAGUUUGGAGGAUAUGAGAGUCCAGAUAAAAAAUGAGGUUGAGAAGACUGAGCCCAACAAAGUAAUGAUUGAAAAACUGAUGCAGACUACCUUCGCACUACGUCGCCAUGAAAUUGUUCAAGACAACCCAAUGGUGAAGAACUUCUUAGAGAAAUGGCCUGCUCUGCGAUUUGACUCUCAGAUUUGUGCGGAGUUCCACCAAGUCACAAACAUCAACCUGCGGAACCAGUUCUACGCUGAACUUGACAGACACACACCACGACUUAUGGCUCUAUACAGACAGAAGGCUGCACGGACUGGCAAGAUAUCGGAGGCUCUGCGAACCAUCCUGAAUCAUUAUGAUCUUCAGGAGACGCCUGAUGUCAACGUGAAACGCACUGCAGUGCUUCAUGCCCUUCCUGUAUACCUGCGGGAAGGGGACCCAGAAUUCUUUAAGACAUGUAAUGCGGACACAUUGGAUGAGUCGACCCUCUUUGACACUCCAGUUGCCCUUCUCACAGUGGUUACCGACGGUGCUUCCCAGACCAGUCCUGUCCAUUUUACUUCCUCAAGCAUGGCCGUUGUGGUGGAAGGCGACCUGGUGCUGCGUGAUAUUCCCGGAUUUUCAGAUGCAUUUGCCUUAUUGUUUGGCUUGAUCUAUGCUCUGCAUUUAGACUACCCCAGGAAGCUGGUUCACACAUUUACCUUUGUCCAAAAAAUCUUCAUGGGGCUUGAUGACGGCAAACCCCUGAAACCCUGCCUACAUGCCCUUAAAAAUGAUUUGUUGCUGAAGGAGUAGUUCUGGAAGGCGAUGUUUGUUAGGACAUGCACUGUUACUGAGCACUUUGUUUGAAGCACUUUAAGUUUACUACAGGCUUUGGGUGGAUUUAACUCCAUCAGUUUACCUUAUUUUCCUAUACUUGACUGCCUGUUCUGGUUAUUUGGAAGGUUAUCGUCUUUCUUUUUACCCAUUUUCAAAAAUUGUUUUUCAUUUCUAUUUUUGAAAAAAGGUGAUUAGUAUUUGACUUUUUGUUGUGCAUUUUUGUAUAUUUUGAGAAUUAGGACUGAUGUCGUCUUUUGUGAUUUAAAUGUUCUACACUGAAUUUAUAAUGCGCACUUUACGGUGCCCAUGUCCAUGUUAGUGGUUUGAUAAAAACAUUUGUGAUGUUUUUUUUUUUUUCAUGAAAAAAUGUUAAAUAAACUAAAUGUGAAGUAACUAAAUUUCUGUGCUUUGUUUAGUAGUCUACACUCAAACAUUGGAACAUACAUAUCUUAUAAUAAUCAUAUCAUUUGAGUUUAGGUUGUAAUAUAAUUGCAUUGUGUUGCAUCAAAAUAAUAAACUACAAGAAACACAAAAAUAUUGAAAUUAAAGUAUACAGUCUUUGAGUAACGCUCAAUUAAUAAAAUAUAGGAUAUAAUUUUAAAUUUUUAGGUUAACACUACAUACAAAUUUUGAGUACCCCCAUACUUAGAAGGGAUGAGUUUGUGUACUCAAAUCUUUUGAGGUAAUCGGU